GGAGGGGACGCGCAAGCGCGUUGGAUCACAUCGAGGCCCCGCCCCCUGAAGCUCCGGUGAAGGCGCGAGGGGGCCUGAGUACAGAGAGCAGCAGGACGACGAACGAGUCGGGAUGGCCACCGGCUGGGGGAGCCUCUUGCAGGAUGAACAGCAGCUGGAGGAGCUAGCAAGGCAGGCUGUGGACCGGGCCCUGGCGGAGGGAGUGUUGCUGAGGACCUCACAAGAGCCCAGCUCCUCGGAUGUCAGCUUCAUUCUGAUGCAUAGGAUUCCAAGUGUGAAUGGAUCACAGUUUAGCUUUCCUCUACUGAUGGCUAUUCUGGUGGUGAGCUACGCCCCAUUCACACUCUUCCCCUCACUGGUCCCGAGUGCCUUGCUGGAGCAGGCCUAUGCUGUACAAAUGGACUUCAACCUGCUGGUGGAUGCUGUCAGCCAGAACGCUGCCUUUCUGGAGCAAACUCUCUCCAGCACCAUCAAAAGGGACAACUUUACUGCUCAUCUCUUUGACAUUCACAAGCAAGUCCUGAAAGAGGGCAUUGCCCAGACGGUGUUCCUGGGCCUGAAUCGCUCAGACUACAUGUUCCAGCGCAACGCAGAUGGCUCUGCAGCCCUGAAACAGAUUGAAAUCAACACCAUCUCUGCCAGCUUUGGGGGCCUAGCCUCCCGGACCCCUGCUGUGCAUCGACAUGUUCUCAAUGUCCUGGGUAAGACCAAAGAAGCUGCCAAGAUCCUCUCCAAUAAUCCCAGCAAGGGAUUGGCCAUGGGGAUUGCCAAAGCCUGGGAACUCUACGGCUCAGCCAACGCUCGGGUGCUACUGAUUGCCCAAGAGAAGGAAAGGAAUAUAUUUGACCAGCGUGCCAUAGAGAAUGAGCUACUGGCCAGGAAUAUCCAUGUAAUCCGGCGAAAGUUUGAAGAUGUCUCUGAAAAGGGGUCUCUAGACCAGGACCGAAGACUGUUUAUGGACGACCAGGAAGUUGCUGUGGUUUACUUCCGGGAUGGCUACAUGCCAAGUCAUUACAGUCUACAGAACUGGGGAGCACGGCUGCUGCUGGAGAGGUCAUGUGCUGUGAAGUGCCCGGACAUUGCCACGCAGCUGGCUGGGACUAAGAAGGUGCAACAGGAGCUGAGCAGAUCAGGCAUGCUGGAGGUGUUGCUCCCCGGCCAGCCUGAGGCCGUGGCCCGCCUCCGUGCCACCUUUGCUGGCCUCUACUCACUGGACAUGGGUGAAGAAGGGGACCAGGCUAUCACCGAGGCCAUUGCUGCCCCUAGCUGCUUCGUGCUAAAGCCCCAGAGAGAGGGUGGAGGCAUGUAUUAAGGAGAACUUAUAUCAUGGAUGUGAUUCUUCCUGAAAGUGAUGUCAACACUGCACUGGUGUUACUCAAGUGGGGUCUCCAGAUCACUUGUACCCAAGUCACCUAGGGAACUUGUUAAAAUGUAGAUUCCUGAGCCCAAACUUAGAAUCACAAUCACAACGUCCAAGAAUCUGCUUCUUUACUACAAGCUGGUAUAAAUAAUCAGUAGGUUAUAUAUAAAAUAGAUAACUAAUAAGGACCUACUGUAUAGCACAGGGAACUCUACUCAGUACUGUGUAAUGGCCUACAUGGGAAAAGAAUCUAAAAAAGAGUGAAUAUGUGUAUAUGUAUAACAGAUUCACUUUGCUGUACACUUGAAACUAACACAACAUUGUAAAUCAACUAUACUCGAAAAAGAAUUUAAAAAAAAAAGAAUCAGUAAGUAAUUCUGAUGCACAUUUAAAGUUAAGACUCACUACCCUCUAUCAGCUGAUUUCUACCUCCUCAGCCUUGCCUCCUACUCCUGUCUAGGCUUCAGCCUGGUUUCUUUCAGUCAUUCUUUCAUUUAUUCAUUUGCUUAUUCAACUCCUAUGUGCUAUAUAUAUGUAUAGAAAUAAGGCACUGAUGAACAAGAUAAGCAAGAUCCCUGACAACAUGGAGCUUAUAUUCCAAUGAUAGUGCAGGAAAUACACAAGUAAAAAAUAUAACCAAGAUAAUUUCAGAUUAUGAUAAGCAUUAUGAAGAAUAUAAAGAAUGACAUAAUAAUGACUGAGAAAUAAUUUUCAAAAAGACAUCUUAAGGAACUUUCAGACUGUAUGCAAAGAUUUAACUAUAAGAAUAUUCCCCUCAGUAUUAUUUUUCAAUUUUAUGAUUUUCAAAUAAGUAAUACAUACAAAUCGUACUGCAUAAAAAGAUAUGUAAUGAGAAGCGUCCCUCCCACCCCUAACCUCCAAUCACCCUGCCUCCUGGCAACCAUUGUAACUACUAUGUUGUGUAACUUUCCAGAAAUAGUCAGUAUGCAGACAGGGCCACUCCUAGUAAGAUGAAGGGUAUAGGGCAACUGAACUAGUGAGGAGUAACCAAGAAAUCUCUUUGGAAGAAGGCUACACCAUUAGCAUCUUUCAUAAGGUCCUUGGGAUAUCGUUGAAGAUGGAAAUUUUAAAAAUGAAUUUAAAAAACUGAAUUUUAAUCCUGUUCAGAAGAGAAAUAAGUACUUCACAGUCCCCAACCAAGCAUGGAAUGGGGAUGUGGGAAAAAGCUGCUUCAACGAUAGGACAGGCCUAUUAGACAAGCAUAUAUACAUGCAUUUAUGUUUAUGUAUUCUCUUUUUUUCUAUACAAAUGAUGGCAUACAAUACACACUACUCUGUAUCUUGUUUUUUAUUAAAUAUAAUACACAUCCAAUAAACUGCACAAAUCUUAAGUAUAGAGCUUGAUCAUCUCGCUUUAUUUUGAAAUUUAACAAUAUAUCUUGACAUUAUUUUCCAUUAAGACUUACAGUGCUAUUUCAUUUUCUUUGUCAUCUGCAUAUUGUUCCACUGUUUAUGUAUGCCAUAAUUUAUAUUUAACAAAUAAAUAUUUCAGUGAAUAUCUUUUUUAAUAUGUCAUUUACUCACUUGAAAAUAUACCUGUAGGAUGAAUUAGUAGAACUGAAAUCGUUGAGUCAAAGGAUAUGUACAUUUCAAAUAUUCAUAAAUAUUAGAGGAUAGCUACUUUAAGUAAGAUGGUGAGGGAAGGCCUCUCUCUUUUUUUUUUUUUUUUUUUU